AUGGACACAUCUAACAUGAACUCCUUUGUGGAAUACUCCAUCUGUAACCGACCGGGGACCGGCGCUUACUCUGCGCCCAAAUCUGGAUACCACCACCAUCAUCACCUGCAUCACCAUCACCAUCCUCUGGAACAGCAUCAGGGCUUUCCGGUGACCUCCGGUGCCUUCCACACGGGCCACAGCGGCUCCCCUGCUCCUAUUAACGUGUCUAGAAAUGACACCAGCGCCGGGGAUGUGACUUACACCGGGGAUGGGCGGCUGUACGUGAGCACCGGAGCGGCCACGGGUAGUGGCGGAGGGCACGGGACCGCAGGGUCGGCCCAGCAUCAUCAGCAACAUCAUCAUCAUGAACAGCAGACGCAUAACAGUUACCAUCACCAUCCUCACCUUCACCAAACCCAAAGCUUACAAAGCGGAAUAUUGUCGUCAUAUAAUAACGGAAGCACCGGUAACACCGGGGCCUAUACGGCCCAGGCAUGCGCCACAAACUCGGAGUAUGUUGCAGCGACGGGGCCUCCCAACACGGUCCACCCUCAGUAUUUCAUGGAGGAGUCUGUAGCCUCCACCUACUAUCAUCAAUCAACCUUCACCACCUCGGCCCCCACCGUCGGCCCAAGCUACGGGGCCCUUGCCGGGGCCUACUGCGGGCCUCAGGGUGCCCUGGCCGGGUCUCAGUACCCGCAGCAGCUAGGCGGGGGUCUGGACGCAGCAGGCUACCUGGGGCUUCCACAGGGGGGAGGUUACGGGGAGCUGCCGGUCUCCCAGGAUCGGGAGAGGGAGGACGAGGAGGGCCAGCAGGCCGGGCAGGGGCAGACCUUCGACUGGAUGAAGGUGAAAAGGAACCCUCCUAAAACAGUCAAAGUGUCGGACUUUGGCCUCGGGGGCGCGCACAACAACGCCAUGCGCACCAACUUCAGCACGAGGCAGCUGACGGAGCUCGAGAAGGAGUUCCACUUCAGUAAGUACCUGACGAGGGCACGGCGCGUGGAGAUCGCCGCCACGCUCGAGCUCAACGAGACCCAGGUGAAGAUCUGGUUCCAGAACAGGCGCAUGAAGCAGAAGAAGCGCGAGCGGGAGGGCGCCUCCGCCACGGCCCGCUCCUCUUCCUCCUCCUCCUCCUCCUCCUCCGGUUCCUAUGAUACAGGUGCCGGCAGCGGUUUCAACAAGGAGCUAGAGGACACCGAUCAAUCGUCCGCGUCCACGUCUCCAGGCGCGUCCCCGAGCUCGGAGACGUAG